GUGAACAAGCUUCAUGAAGUGUGUUGAAGAUUUCAUAGCUAGGGUUUAUCUGCAACUUAACAAGAUUUUUCAAUGCUCAGUGGCUUAGUGUGAUUCUUGGGAAGCUAACAUGUUCAUGGAGAUAGAAGGUGAUGGGGGUGCCUGCAUAUCUUCAACCUGAUCUGGAAGCAGAUCUCGUCUUGCCUCCGGCACCAGCUAGCAGAGCCGACAACCAUAUAAUAGCAAGAACACUAGAUCUGACCACAAUGUUGUCAAGGGUGCUUGGGCUUCUCGAAUUCAGCGCAACAAGAUGUUUUACUCAGGAAAUUCGUCUAUUUUUUCUCUAUUUUGGAGAGGUGGUUCUACACGAUGCUGAUCCCAGUAGGACCUUCAUUCAUUCAUGUUUGAGCCGAUCAGAAAAAUCAUUUCUAAGUGUGCUUCCAGCAUUGAUGUCUCUUGGAUCAUUUGUUCAGCUAUUUCCAUCUCUCGUUGACUUACCAAAAAAACUACAUUUGAGCCUUCAACAAUAUCAAUUGCUCAACAAGGCCCAUAAGACUCGGUGUGCUUCUAAAUCAUCUCAUAACAUCCACAAAACCUCUCUCAAAGAUAAUAGCAAAAACACUAGAUCUGACCGCAAUGUUGUCAAGGGUGCUCGGGCUGCUCGAAUUCAGCAAAACGAAUGUGAACUUUUAGACCCUGUUGUUGCUGAAGCUACACUGGACUUUCGGAAUCUUAACAAGAGAAAACUUUUAACUAAUUUCCCUACAUUUCUCCCUCAGAGAGGGGUGCAAUUGUUCCUUCAAUGGGCUAUCAUGCAAGGAGUUGCAAUGCUUCUACAAAAUAGAUAUCAACGGCAAAGGCUUUGUACACAUAUUGCACUCGCAAGGCUAGGAGAAUGGACGUUGUUUGGGGAGAAACUGCUGGAGUUGACGGUCAACUAUGGUUGUUGGCACCCAUUCUAUUCAUAUUACAGGGUUUUGAAGCAUAUGUCGGAAUUUUGCUACUUAAAGUUGCACUGGCUGGUGUUGUUUCUGAGUGGCAAGUUGUUACCUGUGGAGUGCUACUGAUUGUUAUGGCAAUUGGGAAUUUUGCAAACACAGUGCAGACACUAGUGGCAAAAUCUCGGUUUAAAGCGAAAAUGAAGAAAACUAAAAGUAAGGUAGAACUAAAUUAGGGAUCCCAUCCCAUUCCUUAUAAUUUGUGACCGGGAAAACUGUUGUGCUUAGUUGAGUUCGAGGAUAUGAGAAUUUCUUUCACAACCCGUUAUUCCUUGUAACAACCUUCUCACCUUUAUACGCUUAGACUAGUGAGGAUGUUUGUGAGAGUGACCUUUAAUUGCAUCAAAUAGAGUUAUAAUUUGGUUGUUACAGUUGUGCCAAUAGUCUAUUAUACCUAUUAUUUUGUGUAAUUUGUCUUUUUGUGAAUUAAGUAGACACAUUAUACCGUUACCCUUCCA